AUGCUUUUUUGGUCAUUGGCCACCGUGGUGGCGUCUGCGGCCUUUGCCGCUGGCGCAUCGCUUAAGCCAGUCACGAGCUUCGGCGCGAACCCAACGAGUAUACAAAUGUACCUCUACGUUCCGGACAAAGUCGCAGAGAAACCAGCCGUCAUUGUUGCACUGCACCCGUGCGGGGGAUCCGCAACAGGAUGGUAUUCGCAGACAAAACUGCCUUCAUAUGCAGACAAGAACGGCUUCAUUCUGAUCUAUCCCGGUACGACCCAUAUGAGCAACUGUUGGGAUGUCCAGAACCCCGCAAGUCUCACGCACAACGGUGGCGGCGAUGCCGGUGGCAUUAUCAGCAUGGUCAAUUACACCCUGGCCAAGUACAACGGUGAUGCGUCCAAGGUCUACGUCAUGGGCGGCUCGUCUGGUGCAAUGAUGACCAACGUGAUGGCGGGCUCCUACCCGGAUGUCUUCGAAGCUGGCGCAGCGUUCUCCGGCGUUGCGCAUGCCUGUUUUGCCGGCGCGGCAGGCGCAACGCCCAUGUCGCCCAACCAGACCUGUGCACAGGGCCAGAUUUCUCACUCGGCGAAGCAAUGGGGUGACUUCGUGCGCAACUCAUACCCUGGAUAUACCGGUCGGCGGCCACGGAUGCAAAUCUUCCAUGGCUUGGCCGACACUUUGGUUCGCCCGGCAUGUGCGGAGCAGGCCUUGUUGCAGUGGUCCAACGUACUGGGCGUGGAACUCACCAAAAAUGUUACGGGAGUCCCCUCUGCAGCAUACACACAGGAGAUCUAUGGAGAUGGCACCAAGCUGCAAGGUUUCUUCGGGAAGGGCGUUGGCCAUAUCGCGCCAGUGAACGAGCCGCUGAUGCUGAAGUUUUUUGGCAUUACUCAAUAA